AUGCUCAACAAUCCAGAUCUCAAGGCGACGGCUGUCAUCAACCGUUGGAUCAUCGCCAUCUUGCUUUUCCACUUCCGCCUUCAGCACGUACCUGGCGCCUCACAUGCAGUCGACGGUACUUUGCGCCGAUGCCACUAUGAUGGAGAUCUGCCCGAGUUCCACCUGCCCGACUACGACAACUGGAUUGAUAAUGUGUAUGAGUUCAUGCACAUUAUCAAUGAUGCUUUCUGCCGCCGCGAUUCUCCCGCCCUCCCACCCGUUCAACAUGCUUUCAGCCAAUCGGACCAGGAACCGUCUUCUGCAGCUUCUCCUGUGUCUAUCCCGCACUUGGAACAUACACUCGCAGGUGACGGGUGCCUCCUACGUGUCCGGUUCUAUCUUUUGACCCUAAAACGGCCCGACGACCUGUCCGACAGCGCGUUCUCGCAGUUUCUGGGAUACGUAUGGCAAUUCUUUGUUCUAGAUAACUGA